GCGGGGCCGGGCCAUGGCGGCGGCCGCGCGGUGUCCCUGGGCCCUGCUGUGCCUGGCGGCCGCGCCGCUGCUCUUCCCCGCGGCGGCCGGCUUGUCUUGUUGUUACCACGCAAAGGACAACUUAAUGUGCCGUGAUGUCUGUGAACAGAUUCUGUCUUCCAAGAGUGAUUCCCGACUGAAGCACUUACUGCAACGAGCACCCGAGUAUUGUCCAGAAUCAAUGGGAGAAGUGUGGGGUUGUAUAAACUCUUCUUUGCCAGGAGUCCUGAAGAAGUCUGACGGGUGGGUUGGCUUAGGUUGCUGUGAGCUGGCCAUCGCAGUGGAGUGUCGGCAGGCCUGCAAACAGGCUUCUGCAAAGAAUGAUAUUUUAAAGGUCUGCAGGAAGGAAUAUGAGAACGCUCUCUUUAGUUGUAUUAACAGAAAUGAAAUGGGGUCAGUCUGUUGCAGUUAUGCAGGUCACCACACAAACUGUCGGGAGUACUGUCAAGCCAUUUUUCGCACAGACUCUUCUCCUGGUCCUUCACAAAUCAAAGCAGUUGAAAAUUACUGUGCAUCCAUCAGCCCUCAGCUCAUACACUGUGUCAACAACUACACCCAGUCCUACCCCAUGAGAAAUCCAACAGACAGCUUGUACUGCUGUGACAGGGCAGAAGACUAUGCGUGUCAGGCUGCUUGCAAAAGAAUCCUGAUGUCCAUGAAAACAGAGCUUGAAAUUGUUGAUGGACUCAUAGAAGGCUGUAAGACAAUGCCUCUCCCUCAGGAUCCACUCUGGCAAUGUUUUCUUGAGAGUUCGAGAUCCGUUCACCCAGGAGUCACUGUGCACCCUCCACCUUCCACGGGCCUCGAUGGAGCUAAGCUCCAUUGCUGUUCUAAAGCCAAUUCCUCCACAUGUAGAGAGCUCUGCACUAAACUUUAUAGCACGAGCUGGGGCAAUUCACAGAGCUGGCAAGAGUUUGAUCGCUUCUGUGAGUAUAAUGCAGUUGAAGUUUCCAUGUUGACCUGUUUAGCAGAUGUACGAGAACCUUGUCAGCUGGGCUGUAGAAAUCUUACUUACUGCACUAAUUUUAAUAACAGACCAACAGAGCUUUUCAGGAGCUGCAACACGCAGUCAGACCAGGGAGCCAUGAAUGACAUGAAGCUGUGGGAAAAAGGGAGCAUUAAGAUGCCAUUCAUAAAUAUUCCCGUGCUUGAUAUUAAAAAGUGCCAGCCAGAAAUGUGGAAGGCAAUUGCCUGCUCACUGCAGAUUAAACCCUGCCACAGCAAAUCUAGAGGAAGUAUUAUCUGCAAAUCAGAUUGUGUGGAGAUCCUGAAGAAAUGUGGAGAUCAUACUAAAUUCCCUGAAGGCCACUCGGCUGAAAGUAUUUGCGAGCUCUUGUCUCCAACAGAUGACUUGGAGAGCUGCAUCCCAUUGGAUACAUACCUCAGCCCGAGCUCUUUAGGGAACAUCGUCGAAGAUGUUACCCAUCCAUGUAACCCAAAUCCAUGUGCAGCCAACCAGUUAUGUGAAGUCAACAGAAAAGGUUGUCAGUCUGGAGAACUGUGUCUUCCCUAUUUGUGUGUGCCAGGUUGCAAACUGGGAGAAGCCUCAGAUUUUAUUGUCCGUCAAGGUACCCUUAUUCAGGUUCCAUCCUCAGCUGGAGAUGUUGGUUGUUACAAGAUCUGUACCUGUGGACACAGUGGAUUGCUGGAAAACUGCAUGGAGAUGCGUUGUGUUGACCUCCAGAAGUCGUGCAUUGUUGGAGGACAAAGGAAAAGCCACGGAACGUCCUUUAACAUCGAUUGCAACGUGUGCUCGUGCUUCGCUGGCAACUUGAUCUGUUCCACACGGCAGUGUCUCACGGAGCACAGUUCAGAAGAUGAGCGUCGCAAGUUCACAGGUCUGCCCUGUAACUGUGUGGAUCAGUUUGUGCCGGUGUGUGGGCAGAACGGACGCACCUACCCCAGCGCGUGUAUAGCCCGUUGUGUCGGGCUCCAGGACAGUCAGUUUGAGUUUGGAUCGUGUAUUUCCAAGGAUCCUUGUAACCCUAACCCUUGCAACAAAAACCAGAGGUGCAUACCAAAGAAACAAGUUUGCCUGACAAGUUUUGGAAAGUUUGAAUGCAGCCAGCACGAAUGUGUGCCCAGGCAGCUGAGCUGCGACCAGACGCGGGACCCUGUUUGUGACACGGACAACGUGGAAUACGCUAACCUCUGUACUCUGUACCAAAAGGGAAAGAGCUUAGCAUACAGAGGACCCUGCCAGCCGUUCUGCAAGUCGGUGGAACCCGUGUGCGGGCACAACGGCGAGACCUACAGCAGCGUGUGCGCCGCCUACGCCGAGCGCGUGGCCGUGGACUACCGGGGCCCGUGCCAGGCCGUGGGUGUGCUCUCAGACUACGGCUUCCACAGCGAGUGUGCCUUUGUCAAGUGUCCCCAGCUGUCUGCUGCCGCCUGCAAGCCCGUCAUCGCGCCGGGAGCCUGCUGUCCCAUCUGUGCUGGAAUGCUGAGGAUCCUGUAUGACAAAGACAAGCUGGAUACCUUUGCAAGGGUAACCAACAAGAAGCCCAUCACAGUGCUGGAGAUCCUGGAGAAGCUGCGGCUGCACAUCUCGGUGCCGCAGUGUGACGUCUUUGGGUACCUGAGCAUCGAGUCCGAGAUCGUCAUCCUCAUCAUUCCUGUGGAUCACAACCCCAAACCCCUGCAGAUUGAAGCCUGCAAUAAAGAAGCAGAAAAGAUCGAGUCCCUGAUCAACUCCGACAGCCCCACGCUGGCGUCGCACGUGCCGCUGUCGGCUCUGAUCGCGUCUCGAGUGCAAGUGUCCUUCAGCAUUUCCUCUCCCUCUGUCACAGUGGUGCCUGUGCUGCACUCCCUCAUCAUCAGCCUUCUCUCCACCGUGGCAGCAUGCCUGUGCUCUGCCUAACUGCUCUGAUCCCAUGAAGGACCUGCAGAGCCACCAUAGCUGUCCCCGUGUGAUGGACUCGGGCCUGAACUUCUCCAUGAAGGACUGAAAGUAUUGGGAAUCAUGUGAAAAGGUGAUUCUUCAUUCCUACCCAGGUGACUGUUUCAGCACCACGAAGACCAUUUUCCCUUGGUCCUGGAAACACAAAGAUGCUCGAGCCAGCUCUGCCGUGCUGGAGCUCCUGUGAAGGAAUCGCAGAGGGGUGUUUCCAGCACCGAACCAAGGGAAGAGGGUCUUGUAUAACCUCUGCUAAACACCAGCUUUGGAAGAAACAAAUUGCUGCUACUUAAUUACCUUACCAAAAAAUGUUAAAGAGUUUAUCCUCAUGUAAAUACACUUUCCUGUUUUAAUGAUGAAGAAAACUAAGUCGGCCUGGGCCUGUUUCAGCAGACAUCUCGACUCGGACUAGUGAAGGGCUGCGGGACGCUGGGCUCACUGCCUGUAAAAUGACAAUCAAGCCCUGGACUGGGACCUGACUUCAGUGAAGAAAGAAGUUCUCCUAGAGCCUUGUACAUUUCAGAAUCUUGUACUGGAUGCAAAGUUAUAAAGAAUCUCAGUAUCUCUUAUUUAAGUGCCAUUUAAAAUAUUGCAGUAUUUGCAUGUUAUCUAAUGAAGUUUAUACUUUAAAUGUUUUAUACAAACUAUGUUUUAUUACUUAUUGUAUUUUAUGCACCUGACCUUUAGCCUACAUGAAGUAUUUUAUAUCAGUAUUACAAUAGCCAACUUGGGAAGUAUAGAGAGAGACACCUUACUCGUGCCAAAAUGCUGACCUGGGAAAGAAAGCACUGAAAAACUGCUGGAACGUGUGUGACGUUGGCAUAGCCUGGCUGUAGCAAUUGUUCUCUGCUCAGUCCUUUACCUGCUAAAGUAUUAAAGCUUUCUAUUUUAAUAAAA